CCAAGGGACGAUAUAACAAUAAUAUAAAUUUAGUGUAUUAAAAUUUUUGUAUGAUAACAGAAAAUAAAAUUUAAUAAGAAUAUUAAAAACAAUUUUAAUUAAGAUAAAUUAAUAUAUUUUUAUAAUACUUUAAUUUGAAACUGAAAUAUACAAAUCAACAAUGUAAAUAAAUAUACAUACAAAUACACUAAUAAAAAAAUUAAAAGCAAAAAUAUAAAACAAAAUUAAGAUGACGACCACAAAUCAAAGUUCUGUGAGUAAUGAAAACCAUCAACAACAAAAACAACAACAUAUUAAUCGUGAUAGUAAUGUAAAUAGUAAUAAUAAUAAUCAUCAUUACAACCAUCAUCAUUUUCAUCAUCUUCAACAUCAGCAGCAGCAACCCAACAUAAAUAUUACAACAAUAAAUACGUCAUCUUCAUCAGGAGGGGGAGGAGGUGGAGGAGGUAUUCUUCCAAUUUCAAUAACAACAACAACAACAACGGUAUCAUCAACAGCUUCAAUUCAAGAACCAAUAAUUACAACAACAACAACAUCUACAACAAUGAUGACACCAGUAACAGCAGCAACAGCAACAACAAUUUUAAAUAACCAAGAUUCUUUAUUAAUUAAUAAUAAUAAUGAUAAUUGUAAUGAAAAUACAAAUAACACAAAUUCAUUUAAAUUACAUACAUUAAAAUUACGUAAAAUAGAAUUGGAACAAUUAUUAAAUGAAAAAACAAAAUUUUUACAAAAAAUUCAAAAUCAAGAAGCUGAAAUAUUAUCUGGUGGUAGUGGUGGAUGUGGUGGAAUUGGAAUUGGUAAUAAUAUUGGUUUUACAAAUAAUGGUUAUUAUAAUGGAAGUGAUAAUGUAAAUACAUUACCAAAUAGUAAUAUUUGUAUUGAUAGCACAAAAAUUCGAACUAUUAACAAUAAUAAUAAAAUUAUAAACGAUAAAUUAAAUUUACAUAAUAAUAUAAUUAAUAAUAACAAUCAAGUAGGACUUAACUCAGCAUCAUCAUCAUCAUUCAGACGAAAUACAGAAAGUAAUAGUUUCAAGGAUCGUAGCAAAUGUUUAUUUUCAGCAUCAGAGCAUCCAAUAAAAUCAUCCUCUCUUCAUAAUUUUGAUGUGUUUUCAACAAAAGAUGACGCCGAUGAUAUUUUUAAUAAAAGUGAUUUACUUUCUGUAUCAUCAUUUAAUAGCGAAAAUAGUAAAACAAAACAAAAAGAAAAGCAAUGGUUUGAUUCAUCAUUGGAUGGUCCAAUAAUACGUGCUGAUACCCCCAAUCAUUCAAAUAAUAAUAUUUUACAAACAUCAAUAGCAGAAACUCAUUUAAUAGGAAACUAUCAGGUGAAUUUAUCGCCAUCAUUAUCAUCAUCGCCACAAUCAUUAAAUAUAAUACAGCAGCAGCAGCAAAAUGAAUUAAUAAAUUCAACAGGCAAUAAUACACUUGUAUAUCAAUCAGGACAUAAAUUAUCAAAUAAUAUUCAUUCAACAAAUUCCCUUCAUGGUCAUUAUCAUUUUAAUCAAUUUAAUAAUAGAAAAAAUAAUCACUUACAUUAUAGUACCGAUAUUGAUAAUAGAAAUAGAUUAAAAUUAUCAAAUAAUAAUGAUCAGCAUUUAUCAUUUCAUGAUCAAAAUAGAAUUCCAUUAAAUAAUAACAAUAAUAAUGAAAUUUUAAUAUCACCAUCUAAUAUUAAUGUUAAUAAUGGCAACAAUAAUAGCAACAUUUAUGGAACACCAGCUACAACAACGCUACCACAAAAUUUAAAUAAUAAUAUUAUUAAUGAAUCAUCAUCAUCCAUAAAUCAGCAAGGUUGCCUAUUGACAAAUCGAUGCAAUAUAAAUAGUAAUAAAUCUUCAACUUUACCAUCAUUUUAUAAUUCUGAUAUAUGUUAUUCAAAAUCUUUAACACCACCACCACCAAGAAAUAUGAUUGAUUCAUUUAAUAAUUAUCAAACAUCAAUAUGUAAUAGUAAUAUUAAAGGAAAUGUAAACUCAUAUUAUGCGAAUAUUAAAAAUAAUUCUACAAUAAUUCCAUUUAAUACUAAUAUUUUACUGUCAUCAACAACAAUAUCAUCAUCUGAUGGAAUUUCAUUAUCAUCUACAUCGUUCCCACCUCCAUCAUCUUCACCACAACCAGCACAAUCCCAACCUACGAUAAUUCCACAAUUAUCAACAUCUCUAAUACCUGGAACAUUAUCAAAUAAAACAAUAAUGUCUACAUCACCUGAUCUCAGAAUGGAAUCACCUAAAAAUGUUACAGUAGUUCAAGAAGCCACAUUUAUGCCCUAUAAAGAAGUAUCAAAACCAUUUGAAAUGUCUGAUUUUUAUAAAUAUUCAACAAAAUUUCGACAAAAAGAUUUAGUUAAUAUUAACUAUUCAACACAAAAUAGUAAUGAUAAUAUAUACGAUAAAAACGCAAUGAGUGAAUGUUAA